AUGAAGGUGACCAGACCUAGGUAGGGUCGACACGAUUUUUUUUUUUCUAAAUGCUACUGAUUCUAUUACAAUGUAAUAGUUUCUACUGAUACUCGAGCUCACAAUCUCCUAUAUGGGAGUUUAACCCGAUUGCUAUUAGACCACAAGGUCUUGGAAGGGUCCACACGGUUUAAGCAUUUUGAAAUGUAAAAUAAUUGCUUCCUCAGUCAAUUAAACCAGGUGGACCCUGGCCGGCCAAGUAAUACUGUGCAGCUUGCCCAUCAUCAAUAAUCUCAAUACGCAGAUCUAGAUCUAGAUCUAGAAAAAGAAAAAGUGAGAGCUGAGCUUCAAUUCAUUCUUCAAUUACUUUCCCUUCAUCUCAAUUCUCAAUUCUCAAUGGCCACCAAAACAAGUGUUCGUCAGGGUGCUUCUGCUGCAAUGCCUCAACAAGUGUUCAUGGUGGGUAACAGCAAUGCAUUGACAGAAAUUGUGGACAAGCUUACCAACCUGGAAAUUAAAAAAAGAGAAGUCAUCUCCAUAACAGGAAUGGGAGGUAUUGGGAAGACAACUUUGGCAAAAAAAGUAUAUGAACAUAAAGGCAUCAAGCGUCAUUUUGACAUUCAAGCAUGGAUUACUGUGUCUCAAUCUUAUUCCUUGGAUGAUUUGCUCCAAAUGCUCCUCCAAUCAAUUGAAGCUUCUUCUCCGACAGAAGGACACCAAGUUCUCUCUCAAUCUUAUUCCUUGGAUGAUUUGCUCCAAAAGCUUCUCCAAUCAAUUGAAGCUUCUUCUCCAACUGAAGGACAAUCUGCAAGAACCUUCGAACUCAAGGAUAAAGUCCGUAAGUUGUUGCUGGGCAAUAGGUAUCUAAUUGUAAUAGAUGACAUAUGGAGUACACAAGUUUGGAAUGAUUUGCAGAUUUGCUUCCCAAAAAAGAGAAAUGGGAGUCGGGUAUUGUUAACAACUCGACUCACAUAUGUGGCUACUCAUGCUAGUUCUGGUGGUCUCCAAUUUAGCAUGCAUACCCUAAGCAAAGAAGAAAGUUGGGAUCUUUUUUGCAAACAAGUAUUUGCAAAACAAGAAUCUUGUCCUCCUUCUAAUGAGCUUGAGAAAAUUGGGAGAGAUAUUGUGAUGAAAUGCAAAGGAUUACCACUCUCAAUUAUGGUGAUUGCUGGGAUUCUAUCCAAAGCUGAAAUGAAGGUGGAAGAUUGGGAAAAUGUUGCCAGCUCUGAAGCAUUAUCAUCAACUUUAUAUGAGCAAAAUUGUGAGGAAAUACUUUUAUUGAGUUACAACCACUUGCCUGAAAAUUUAAAGACUUGCUUCUUAUAUUUAGGAGUAUUUCCAGAAGAUUAUGAGAUUCCAGUUGGAAGAUUAGUUGGACAUUGGGUUGCUCUGGAAUUUGUAGAAGAUGAAGCUUUGGUGGCAAACAAGAAAGAAGAAGUGGCAUGGCAAAAGUUGCAAGAUCUUAUUGAUAGAAAUUUAAUUUUGGUGGGAAAAAGGGGACGGAGUGGAAGAAUAAAGACGUGUAAGAUGCAUGAUCUUACACGUGAGAUGUGCUUGAGACUAGCUAAAGACAAAAAUAUAUUGCAUGUCAUUGAUGACAAGUUUCAAGAUGGACAGUUCUCCAAAGAAAUAAGUCAAGAAAAUGGCAAUUUUUGGGUAAGCCUACAAUCAAUUUCUAAUAUUAGUCGUUUAGGUUUUGAGCAUAGGACACUCCAGAAAUGCCAUUCCUUUGUUGUUUCAUCUAAAUAUGGAAUCGAAUACUGUGGAAGAAGUCCGAUUGUUAGCUAUAACUUGUUCUCAUCAAUUCAAGUACUUGACCUACUUGAAUUUUAUUUGCCCUUUUUCCCUUCAUCUGUUUGCAUAAAUAACUUAAGUCAGUUGAGGUAUCUAACUUUGUACAUUGGUGUAUUACCUGUUUCCUUCUCGAUUUUAAGCAGCUUGAAAAAUCUACAAACGUUGAUUCUGUGUUUUCAUGACACUGAUAAAGUAUACUUAACCCUUCCAAAGACACCACAAUUAAGGCAGCUUCGCAUUUUGGGUAAUUUCCCUUCAUUUCAUUUUAAAGAUGAAGAAGAAGAGACUUUGAUAUUGGAGAAUCUGACAACACUUUUGUGGUUAAGAGACUUUUGUUGCAAUAAUGAAGCGUUGAUGGUGAGGAUUCCGAAUGUAAAGGAAUUGGGGGUAAGAUAUGAACAGCCUGAAUACAAUGACAGUAAGCAUCCUAUUGACUUGCUCCAUACUUUUAGCCAUUUGGAACAACUCGAAAACAUCAAGUUUUAUGGACAUCCAUCAUUAAAGGAAAUUGGGCUAGUUUAUAUUCCAAAACCAUAUGAUUUUCCACCGAGGCUCAAGAUGUUGAAAUUUUCUGAAACUUGGAUGAAAUUGGAUAUGAUGACCAUCCUUGGAAGGCUACCUAACCUCCAAGUUCUCCAACUAAAAAGGGAUGCCUUUGAUGUUUCAGAGACCGAGUUGGAACAAGUUGAGGAGGGAUUUCCAAAAUUGAAAGUGUUAGUCCUCACAGAUCAAAAAUUUCGUAGAUGGAAAGAUAGCGAGUUCACUUUCCCAAGUCUUGAGUGCUUGGUGCUAAAGAAUUCGCCUCACUUGGAAUCACUCCCUUAUGAGUGCCUUUCUGGAUGUCCAUGCCUUAAGCUAAUUCAUUUGGAAGGGUGUUGUAGUGAUGGUGUUUUAGAGUCUGCAAAGAAAAUUCAAAAUAAUGGAGAUGGCCAGCUUGAAGUCCGCGAAGAACACUGAUUGAAGAGAACGGAAACAACAAGCAUAGUAUCACAUGUUCUUCUACCACUUUGAAGGUAACUUUGAUGAGUCCAGCAUCGAUCAUAUCAAACCGAAGCAAUCACCCAUACAUACCUCUUAGCUCCCCUGCCACCUACUCUCUAACUCUCCCAAAACAAAUCCUAAGCUUGAUCUCUCAAUUUUAAGGUUAGAAAAUUACAUCUUUGUUUUGGUUGUGCAUUCCGCAUGUUAUUUUUCCUUUUUCUUAGCAAAUUGUGGUUUGAUUUUGAUCUGAAAAAUUGUUCCCUUCAAACCUAGGAGUGCUUCCCAAUAAGUAAAGGGGCAAUGUUAGUUU